GACACGUCGAUGGGAGCUGUCUUCCAGUUCGUCAGAAAGUUUACGCAACACUACUUUAGACUUCCCUUACUUAGUAUGAACACAACCACACGAAAAAACAGGGAAUACGUUAAUGCUUGGAUUGGGUCAUCACUGAGCCCAUAG